AUGACUGUCGAUCUUUUUACAUACUUCCUGCUGCCUCUGCAGUCAUUGUGCAAGACCAUCGAAUCAGCAGAAGAUCUUUCUUCCGAUAAUCGAGCCUCGAACGCCCCACAGCGCAUGCGCUCCCCCCGCAUCCGCACGGUCCACAUCAGCACGGCCCGCAUCAUCAUGGCCCGUACCUUCUAG